GAUUAUAGGUGCCUGACACCACGCUCAGCUAAUUUUUGUAUUUUUAGUAGAGACAGAGUUUCGCCAUGUUGGCCAGGCUGGUCUCAAACUCCUGACCUCAAAUGAUCCACUUGCCUUGGCUUCACAAGCGAUGGGAUUGUGGGCGUGAGCCACUGCACCCAGCCUACUUUUGGAUCUUGCCAUGAGCAGGUAACUACUAGAUAGCUUUCCUCUUUCCCGGCACAAGACAGAUUUGGAAGCAGGAAGCAAAAACAGGAGCAGUGUCUUGGCCUCACACCUGAACUGGCGUGGCUUCCUAGCUGCAGGUAAUAGUGUCCUCUGCCCUGGAAGGCAUUUCCAGCCCUGUGGCCACUUUGCUGUUCCAUUCCUUGGUUAUUGUGUAAGUAGUUAAGCGGCGGUGGCUGUAACUGGAAUCUAGGUUUGAGUUUAGCUUAGUCCUUGGCUUCAAGUGCAGAUGAGGAAUUCAGGCUCAAGGCCAAGACAUUUGGUUACUCACAAGCAGAGGCCAAAAGUUUGGGUCAUACUCUACCUGGAGCUAUUUGGAGGCAGGCUUUCCGUCUCCCACCUUGGGGUAACUUUGAGCCUCCUAGAUUCUGAUUAUUGUUGUUUGUGAAUGGAGAGACAAUUUUCUGGGGCAGAGGAGUCUUUUGGAGCAUGGCUUGUAUUUUCAUCCUUUUUUGACCUAGGUUCGAGCAUGCAUCUGGCGCUGCCUAGUUGUACUCCCCUCUCUGAACCCGGAUUGUCUUUCCUCGGACUUCAGAAAGAUAAUGGAGCCUUCCAUCAUCCUCCAAGCGAGGAACAGAAACCUGAUUUUUAGCCACCGAUGGCCCCACAAGGUCCAACAGGAGGAGCUCCAGGACCUGUCUAGGAGGGGAGAUGCGGACACUUCCUAUAAAGCGGGGCAUGCAUGAGGAGGAGGUGGCCUGGAACCUUCCCUUUCUGGCCUGCUAUGGGAUGGAUGAAGAAGAGAACCACUAUGUCUCGCAGCUCAGGGAAGUCUACAGCAGCUGUGACACCACGGGGACUGGCUUUCUGGACCGCCAGGAGCUGACCCAGCUCUGCCUUAAGCUUCACCUGGAGCAGCAGCUGCCCGUCCUCCUGCAGACGCUUCUCGGAAACGACCAUUUCGCCAGGGUUAACUUUGAGGAAUUUAAGGAAGGUUUUGUAGCUGUGUUGUCUUCAAAUGCUGGUGUUCGCCCCUCAGAUGAAGACAGUAGUUCUUUGGAAUCAGCUGCCUCCAGUGCCAUCCCUCCAAAGUAUGUGAAUGGUUCUAAGUGGUAUGGCCGUCGGAGCUGGCCUGAGCUAUGUGACGCUGCCACAGAAGCCAGACGUGUGCCCGAGCAGCAAACCCAGGCCAGCCUGAAAAGUCACCUCUGGCACUCAGCAUCUCUGGAGAGCGUGGAGAGUCUCAAGUCAGAUGAAGAGGCCGAGAGCACUAAAGAAGCUCAGAAUGAAUUAUUCGAAGCACAAGGACAGCUGCAGACCUGGGAUUCUGAGGACUUUGGGAGCCCCCAGAAGUCCUGCAGCCCCUCCUUUGACACCCCAGAGAGCCAGAUCCGGGGCAUGUGGGAAGAGCUGGGGGUGGGCAGCAGCGGACACCUGAGCGAGCAGGAGCUGGCUGUGGUCUGCCAGAGCGUCGGGCUCCAGGGACUCGAGAAAGAGGAACUCGAAGACCUGUUUAACAAACUGGAUCAAGACGGAGACGGCAAAGUGAGUCUUGAGGAAUUCCAGCUUGGCCUCUUCAGUCAUGAGCCCGCGCUACUUCUGGAGUCUUCCACUCAGGUUAAACCGAGCAAGGCUUGGUCUCAUUACCAGGUGCCAGAGGAGAGCGGCUGCCACACCACCACGACCUCAUCCCUCGUGUCCCUGUGCUCCAGCCUGCGCCUCUUCUCCAGCAUUGACGAUGGUUCUGGCUUCGCUUUUCCUGAUCAGGUCCUGGCCAUGUGGACCCAGGAGGGGAUUCAGAAUGGCAGGGAGAUCUUGCAGGCUUGCUGCUUCCAGAGCCUGGACUUCAGCGUGGACGAGAAGGUGAACCUUCUGGAGCUGACCUGGGCCCUUGACAACGAGCUCAUGACAGUGGACAGUGCCAUCCAGCAGGCAGCCCUGGCCUGCUACCACCAGGAGCUGAGCUACCAGCAAGGGCAGGUGGAGCAGCUGGCAAGGGAGCGCGACAAGGUGAGGCAGGACCUGGAGAGGGCCGAGAAGAGGAACCUGGAGUUUGUGAAAGAGAUGGACGACUGCCACUCUGCCCUGGAGCAGCUCACGGAGAAGAAAAUCAAGCAUCUGGAACAGGGGUACCGGGAAAGGCUGAGCCUCCUGCGGUCUGAGGUGGAGGCAGAGCGAGAGCUGUUCUGGGAGCAGGCCCACAGGCAGAGGGCCGCGCUGGAGUGGGACGUGGGGCGCCUGCAGGCUGAGGAGGCUGGCCUUCGCGAGAAGCUGACCCUGGCCCUGAAGGAAAACAGUCGCCUACAGAAGGAGAUUGUGGAAGUGGUGGAAAAGCUUUCGGAUUCAGAGAGGCUGGCCCUGAAGCUGCAGAAGGACCUGGAGUUUGUGCUGAAGGACAAGCUGGAGCCACAGGGUGCAGAGCUCCUGGCCCAGGAGGAGCGGUUCGCAGCAGUCCUGAAGGAAUACGAGCUCAAGUGCCGGGACCUGCAGGACCGCAACGAUGAGCUGCAAGCUGAGCUGGAAGGCCUGUGGGCGCGGCUGCCCGAGAACCGGCACAGCCCCUCCUGGAGCCCGGGUGGGCGCAGACGGCAGCUCUCUGGACUCGGCCCAGCAGGCAUUUCAUUCCUGGGUAAUUCUGCUCCAGUGAGUAUAGAAACGGAGCUGAUGAUGGAGCAGGUAAAGGAGCAUUACCAAGACCUCAGGACCCAGCUGGAGACCAAGGUAAAUUACUACGAAAGGGAAAUUGCAGCACUGAAAAGGAACUUUGAGAAGGAGAGGAAGGACAUGGAGCAGGCUCGCAGGCGCGAGGUCAGCGUGCUAGAGGGUCAGAAGGCAGACCUGGAGGAGCUCCACGAGAAGUCUCAGGAGGUCAUCCGGGGCCUGCAGGAGCAGCUGCAGGACACAGCCCGCGGCCCCGAGCCUGAGCAGAUGGGCCUGGCGCCCUGUUGCACCCAGGCACUGUGUGGCCUGGCCCUGCGGCAUCAGAGCCACCUGCAGCAGAUCAGGAGAGAGGCUGAGGCAGAGCUGAGUGGAGAGCCGUCGGGGCUGGGAGCCCUGCCCGCUCGCAGAGACCUGACCUUGGAGCUGGAGGAGCCGCCGCAGGGACCCCUGCCACGCGGCAGCCGGAGGUCGGAGCAGCUGGAGCUGGAGAGGGCACUGAAGCUGCAGCCGUGUGCGAGCGAGAAGCGCGCCCAGAUGUGCGCAUCGUUGGCCCUCGAGGAGGAGGAGUUGGAGCUUGCCCGCAGGAAGCGAGUGGACGAGCUCUCCCGGGAAGCAGAGAUGCUGCGGGCCCUGCCGAAAGAUGGGCUGGUGGCAGGAAGUGGCCAGGAGGGCGCACGUGGCCUCCUGCCACUGCGUCUGGGCUGUGGGGAGCGGCCACUGGCCUGGCUGGCCCCAGGUGAUGGCGGAGAGUCUGAGGCGGCGGCAGGAGCCAGGCCUCGCCGCAGGCAAGCCCAGGACACAGAAGCCACGCAGAGCCCGGCCCCUGCCCCUGCCCCGGCAUCCCACGGCCCCUCAGAGAGGUGGUCACGCGUGCAGCCCUGUGGGGUGGAUGGGGAUACUGUCCCAGAGGAGCCAGAGCCUUUCGGCACGAGCGCAGCGGGGCUGGAGCAGCCUGGAGCCCGGGAGCUGGCUCUGCUGGGAACAGAGGGAGACGCCUCGCAAACCCAGCCAUGGAUGUGGGAGCCACUCUUGAGGCCGGCCGCUUCGUGCAGGGGACAGGUUGAGAGGCCACAGGCCAUUCAGGAAGAGCGAGCACGAAGCUGGAGCAGGGGCACCCAGGGGCAGGCCUCGGAGCAGCAGGCCCGGGCCGAGGGCGCCCUGGAGCCUGGGUGUCACAAGCACAGCGUGGAGGUCGCCAGGAGAGGGUCCUUGCCAUCCCACCUCCAGCUCGCAGACCCGCGGGGUUCCUGGCAGGAGCAGCUUGCUGCCCCGGAAGAGGGGGAGACCGAAAUAGCGCUGGAGAGAGAGAAGGAUGACAUGGAAACCAAACUUCUACAUCUGGAAGACGUCGUCCGGGCUCUGGAGAAACAUGUAGAUUUGAGAGAGAACGACAGACUGGAGUUCCAUAGACUUUCUGAAGAAAACACUUUGUUGAAAAACGACCUGGGAAAGGUUCGGCAAGAGCUUGAAGCUGCAGAAAGCACUCACGAUGCACAGAGGAAGGAAAUUGAGGUUUUAAAGAAAGACAAGGAAAAGGCCUGCUCUGAGAUGGAGGUGCUCAACAGACAGAAUCAGAACUACAAGGAUCAAUUAUCCCAGCUCAAUGUCAGGGUUCUUCAACUGGGACAGGAGUCUUCUACCCACCAGGCCCUAAACGAGGAGCAUCGUGUGACCAUUCAGCUGUUAACACAGAGCCUGGAAGAGGUGGUACACAGCGGGCAGCAGCAGAGUGACCAAAUCCAGAAAUUUAGAGUUGAACUUGAAUGCCUGAAUCAGGAACAUCAGAGCCUGCAGCUGCCACAGUCAGAGCUGACCCAGACCCUUGAGGAACGUCAAGGCCAGGUGCAGGGAGCUCACCUGAGGCUGAGGCAGGCCCAGGCCCAACACUUGCAGGAGGUCCGGCAGCUGCAGGACUGUGUGGCCGAGCUGCAGCACCUGCUCAGCCUUCAGGGAGAGCAGGCCGGGAGGCGCCUGGAUGCACAGCGGGAAGAACAUGAGAAACAGCUGAAAGCUACAGAAGAGCGGGUGGAAGAGGCGGAGAUGAUUCUGAAGAAUAUGGAAAUGCUCCUCCAAGAGAAAGUGGAUAAGCUGAAGGAACAGUUUGAAAAGAACACGAAGUCCAACCUGCUGCUGAAGGAGCUGUACGUGGAGAACGCCCACCUGGUGAGAGCACUUCAGGCCACCGAGGAGAAGCAGCGAGGCGCCGAGAAACAAAGCCGCGUCUUGGAAGAAAAAGUUCGCGCUCUCAACAAACUCGUCAGUAGGAUUGCCCCCGCAGCCCUCUCUGUGUAAAGACGGAUUAUUUUCUAGGAUUCAUUCGAAAGCACAUCUUUUAAAUUAAGCCACUGUGCUGCCUGAGUUUUCCGUGGGUCAUGAGCCAUGAGUCCUGGGACAUCUGAGGAUUGGCAUUCUUUGUUCACCCCCCAGAUAGUUAAUGAAUGGUCUGCCCUGGGCAAGAUGGGAGUGGGGGGCUGGAGGAAUAUGCAUGUUGCAAAAGCCUGUGUUUUUAUUAGCGGUCCUGAGUAAUUUCCCUUGGCAAAAUUCCCAGUUUUGCCACUUGUUGGAGCCAGAUUCUGGGAACUGUCAGCAAGGAGCGGGUAAGUGAGCAGUUAAGGACAGCACUUUCCAUGUGGUACUUCUGACCCUGGCUGUCAGAUUGAAAUGUAAAGUCAGGGCUCUGUACAGUUUUGCCAUUUCACUGUUCUGCUUUGAGCUUAGGUUAUUAGAACUCUUGGUGGAGGGUGCGUACACACAUUCCAGAAAAGGCUUCACUCGCUGGGAACGUCAACCCAGCGAGAAAGGAGGGGAAGCCCCUUCUCCAGGGACCUUAUCUGUGGACUCAGGGAUGAUGGUGUUUAUUGCAAAUGCACAAUCUUUUUCCCAUUGAAAUGUCAUCACACUGGAAAUUGUACUAUAUGUAAAAAAAAAAAGUAUAGUUUUAUAUUUGAAAUAUAUACAAAUUAUGGCCAUAUGGCUGAUUGGAAUGUACUACUGUAAUAUAAAAAGUCACUGUAUUUGCAAUAAAUUCUUUUCUAUUAAAA